AUGCUGAUCAGAGAGCUGCUGCUGCUCCUCCACUGCUGCUGGCCUUCCCUGCUGCUGCACUGUGCCCUCCACCCCCUCUGGGGCGUCAUCCAGAUCAUUCAAGGUGAACCACAGAAGUCAUGUUCCAAGUCUGUAGCAGAGAAGGUUACGGAGAGUUGCCAGCAAAUCUGCCAGUGUAGACCACCUCCUCCAUUACCACCACCUCCACCACCCCCACCACCUCCUAGGUUGCUUGUGGUCCCAACUCCCAAGUCUACCUUUUGCCCCACUGAAGAGACCUGGUGGCCAGGCCUGGUUAUAAUCAUUGCCGUAUGCUGCGCCACACUAGUGUUCCUCUUUGUAGUUGUCAUCAUUUGCUACAAAGCCAUAAAAAGGAAACCACUGAGAAAAGAAGAGAAUGGAACAAGUAGAGCUGAAUAUGCAAUGACGUCCUCCCAGAACAACAAAACAGUUGAUAAUGCAGUAGUAUAA